AUGAAUUUUUCCGCCGGAGCAGCGGCAUCCGAGUGGAGAGAGUUAAAGCCAUCUUUGAUGGGUAUCUCCCAUAUGAUAACUUCUGGUGGUCUGCAACAAGACAAUGCAGUUGCUGUUGGCGAACAAACUGGUUCGACAGGCAAUGCUUGGGAAGCACGGUUGCACAAAUACCAGCAGAUGGUUUGUAAUCUCCAACUCGGAACAAAAGCUUUAUCUAAUGGAGUAAAUUCAGGCCUUGAUUUUGGCCAAGGCUGGUUGAACUUCGUUAAAGUUGCAUCCUCUGGUCUCGAUAUGCAAGGAGGUAAAACGGCUGAAGAAAAUUUCAGUGUUGGCAGUACGGAUAACAAUCCUUCGCCAAACAUACACGAACAAACUAACAGAAAUGGUGUACAGGCACCGGCUGGUCAAGAUGGUGCAUAUGACAAGAAUGGUGCUUAUAACCGCAAUGGACAAACUAAUCAAAAUGCCGAUCAUUCACAAGUUGGACAAGAUGGUGCUUAUGAUCAGAACGGUCCAUACAUUCCGAAUGGCCAUAAUGGGCAAACCAGUCAUCAAUAUACAGAUAAUAAUAACAAUGAUGCAACGUCAAAUAGUCAUCACAGUUCACCCGAAACUCAUACUACUCAAAGUGGUGUACCAGAUAUGGGAGGUAUGACAAACUCGGUUCCAGGAAUGGAUGCACUUGGUGGUGAUGUACCAGAUAUGGGAGGUAUGGCAAGCUCGGUUCCAGGAAUGGAUGCACUUGGUGGUGGUAUACCAGAUAUGGGAGGUAUGGCAAGCUCGAUUCCAGGAAUGGAUGCUCUUGGUGGUGGUAUACCAGAUACGGGAGGUAUGGCAAGCUCGAUUCCGGGAAUGGAUGCUCUUGGUGGUGGUUUACCAGAUAUGGGAGGUAUGGCUAGUGCAAUACCAGGCGCAGACCUCUUAGGUGGAUUUGGAGGUAUUGCUAAUGCAAUUCCAGGUAUGGGAGGAGGUGCAGGCGGUAAAUCAAAUGGUGGAGGAGGAGCUGGUGCAAACGGAGGUGCAGGAGGAUAUGGAGGUGCGGGUGCUGGUGGAGGUGGCGGCGCAGGUGCUGGCAUUGGCGGAGGGGCGUUUGGUGGGGGAUUGCCAGGUCUUGGAAGUUUUGGAUUGCCGUUUUAA